UUGCUCUCCCACUCAUUCGCUCUCCCACUCUUUCACUCAUUCGCUCUCCCACUCUUUCACUCAUUCGCUCUCCCACUCUUUCACUCAUUCACUCAUUCGCUCUCCCACUCUUUCGCUCAUUUUCUCUCUCUCUCUCUCUCUCUCUUACUCUCUUUCACCCACUCUCAUUUUCUUACGCACAACCACAAGCGUUUACUGCCACAUUUCCUUCCUGGGGGGAGAAAAAAAAGCUAUGGCCGAAAGUUUCUUUAUUUUAAAAAAAAUUGUUUUCCAUCCCCCCCCCCAAUUAAUUUUUCCUUUCUCUACGCCUCCUUUUUUAACGCUAUUUUCAAUUUUCUGACUGCACUGUUCGCCGGACUGUGUCGGCCGUGCCGCACUGUUCGCCGGACUGUGUCGGCCGUGCCGCACUGUUCGCCGGACUGUGUCGGCCGUGCCGCGCUGUUCGCCGGACUGUGUCGGCCGUGCCGCACUGUUUGCCGGACUGUGUCGGCCGUGCCGCACUGUUUGCCGGACUGUGUCGGCCGUGCCGCACUGUUUGCCGGACUGUGUCGGCCGUGCCGCACUGUUUGCCGGACUGUGUCGGCCGUGCCGCACUGUUUGCCGGACAGUGUCGGCCGUGCCGCACUGUUUGCCGGACAGUGUCGGCCGUGCCGCACUGUUCGCCGGACAGUGUCGGCCGUGCCGCACUGUUUGCCGGACAGUGUCGGCCGUGCACUGUUCGCCGGACAGUGUCGCCGGACGCACUGUUGCCGGUGUCGGCCGUGCCACUGUUCGCCGGACAGUGUCGGCCAUAAAGGAAAACUUAUACAUUACUUUUUCUCACUUUUCUCAACCAUUUUUUUUCCUCUCAAUCUCUCUCCUCAUCCAUUACUUUUUCGGUCUCUCACCACCUUCGUUUCAUUUUCUGUCUCUCUUCAUCCAUUUCUUUAUCUGUCUCUCUCUUCAUCCAUUUCUUUAUCUGUCUGUCUCUCUUCAUCCAUUUCUUUAUCUGUCUCUCUCUUCAUCCAUUUCUUUAUCUGUCUCUCUCUCUUCAUCCAUUUCUUUAUCUGUCUCUCUCUUCAUCCAUUUCUUUAUCUGUCUCCUCUUCAUCCAUUUCUUCAUCCAUUUCUUUAUCUUUAUCUCUCUCUUCAUCCAUUUCUUUAUCUGUCUCUCUCUCUUCAUCCAUUUCUUUAUCUGUCUCUCUCUUCAUCCAUUUCUUUAUCUGUCUCUCUCUCUUCAUCCAUUUCUUUAUCUGUCUCUCUCUCUUCAUCCAUUUCUUUAUCUGUCUCUCUCUCUUCAUCCAUUUCUUUAUCUGUCUCUCUCUUCAUCCAUUUCUUUAUCUGUCUCUCUCUUCAUCCAUUUCUUUAUCUGUCUCUCUGUCCAUCCAUUUCUUUUCCUCACUCUCUCUCUGUCCAUCCAUUUCUUUUCCUCGCUCUCUCUCUGUCCAUCCAUUUCUUUUCCUCGCUCUCUCUCUGUCCACCCAUUUCUUUUUCCUCUCUCUCUCUGUCCAUCCAUUUCUUUCCUCCUCUCUCUCUGUCCAUCCAUUUCUUUUCCUCGCUCUCUCUCUCUGUCCAUCCAUUUCUUUUCCUCCUCUCUCUCUGUCCAUCCAUUUCUUUUCCUCGCUCUCUCUCUGUCCAUCCAUUUCUUUUCCUCGCUCUCUCUCUGUCCACCCAUUUCUUUUCCUCGCUCUCUCUCUCUCUGUCCACCCAUUUCUUUUCCUCGCUCUCUCUCUCUCUGUCCACCCAUUUCUUUUCCUCUCUCUCUCUCUGUCCACCCAUUUCUUUUCCUCGCUCUCUCUCUCUGUCCACCCAUUUCCACCAUUUCUUUUCUCUGUCCACCCAUUUCUUUUCUCUCUCUCUCUGUCCACCCAUUUCUUUUCCUCGCUCUCUCUCUCUCUGUCCACCCAUUUCUUUUCCUCGCUCUCUCUCUGUCCACCCAUUUCUUUUCCCUCUCUCUCUGUCCACCCAUUUCUUUUCUCUCUCUCUCUCUGUCCACCCAUUUCUUUUUCCUCCUCUCUCUCUGUCCAUCCAUUUCUUUUCCUCACUCUCUCUCUCUCUGUCCAUCCAUUUCUUUUCCUCGCUCUCUCUCUCUCUGUCCACCCAUUUCUUUUUCCUCUCUCUCUCUCUGUCCAUUUUUUUUCCUCUCUCUCUCUCUCUGUCCACCCAUUUUUCCUCUCUCUCUCUCUGUCCACCCAUUUCUUUUCCUCGCUCUCUCUCUGUCCACCCAUUUCUUUUCCUCACUCUCUCUCUGUCCACCCAUUUCUUUUCCUCACUCUCUCUCUGUCCACCCAUUUCUUUUCCUCACUCUCUCUCUGUCCAUCCAUUUCUUUUCCUCACUCUCUCUCUGUCCAUCCAUUUCUUUUCCUCGCUCUCUCUCUGUCCAUCCAUUUCUUUUCCUCGCUCUCUCUCUGUCCAUCCAUUUCUUUUCCUCUCUCUCUCUCUCUGUCCACCCAUUUCUUUUCCUCUCUCUCUCUCUCUGUCCACCCAUUUCUUUUUCUCUCUCUCUCUCUGUCCACCCAUUUCUUUUCCUCUCUCUCUCUCUGUCCACCCAUUUCUUUUUUCUCUCUCUCUCUGUCCACCCAUUUCUUUUCCUCUCUCUCUCUUCAUCCAUUUUUUUUUUUCCUCGCUCUCUCUCUUCAUCCAUUUCUUUUCCUCGCUCUCUCUCUCUUCAUCCAUUUCUUUUCCUCGCUCUCUCUCUCUUCAUCCAUUUCUUUUCCUCGCUCUCUCUCUCUUCAUCCAUUUCUUUUCCUCGCUCUCUCUCUUCAUCCAUUUUUUUUCCUCGCUCUCUCUCUUCAUCCAUUUCUUUUCCUCGCUCUCUCUCUUCAUCCAUUUCUUUUCCUCGCUCUCUCUCUUCAUCCAUUUCUUUUCCUCGCUCUCUCUCUUCAUCCAUUUCUUUUCCUCGCUCUCUCUCUCUACCCAUCCAUUUCUUUUCCUCUCUCUCUCUCUCUACCCAUCCAUUUCUUUUCCUCUCUCUCUGUCACUCUCUGCUCAUCCAUUUCUCUCCCUUCUAAUCACUUUGUUUCCCUCUCUCUUCGUCCAUUUCUCCCCCUCCUCUCUGGUCUCGUCCAUUUCUUUCCCACCUCUUUCUAUUUCCUCUUCCAUUUCUCUCUCUCUCUCUCUCUCCUCUCGCGCUGUCCAUUUCCUUUUUCUCUUUUUAUCCCUACGUAUUUCAUUUCCUCUCACUUUCUCCGUCUCCCGUUCUCUCCCCCCACCUCAACAAGAUAUCGAAAUAAUCCCAAAAGGAAAUAACAAUUGUCCACUUGCUUCAACGUCAACACAUGACAAGUAG